AUGUGGGUGGUGCUGCGGCGUUCGGCCGUUCGGCCGAGCCAGAUUCUCCGGAAACCCACUCGCAGAAAGAGGAGGGAAAAAGGAGUGGAUUCCUCGGAACCUAGCAACCGCACCUCCCCCAAAACUCAGCAGCGACCCUCCGCCGUCGCGCGGCGCGCCGGCAAUGGAGGAUGCGGCGGUUCGCCCGUCCAAGCAGGCGAAAGCCGAAGGGGCCGACCUCAUCAGCCUCCUCCCCGACAGUAUUCUCUCCGAGGUCAUCACCCGCCUCCCAUCAAGGACGCCGCGCGCACCACCGCCCUCGCCCGCCGGUGGCGCCCCCUCUGGCGCGCCUCCCCGCUCAACCUCGACGACGCCCGCCUCCCCAGACGGUCCUGGGACUGCAUCUCCAAGAUCCUCGCCGAGCACCGCGGCCCCGGCCGCCGCCUCCGCCUCCGCCACCUCGACGGCCCCAACAGCAUCGCCGAUCUCGCGGAGUGGAUCAGGUCCCCCGCCCUCGACGGCCUCGAGGAGAUCCAUAUCUCUUACCGUUACGACCUCCUGCUGCCGCCGUGCGCCCUCCGCUUCGCGCCGACCCUCCGCGUCGCCAGCUUCGCCCGCUGCCGUUUCCCCGAGCACAUUUCCCCGACCCUCGCAUUCCCGCAUUUGACGCGGCUCGCCCUCACCGAGGUCGAGACCUCCGAGGACGCCCUCCACGCCCUGCUCGCCGCCUGUUCCGCGCUCAGGGUGCUCCAGCUGGAUUGGUGCGGCGGCUUCGACCGAGUGGUCAUCGACUCGCCGACUCUCCAGAGCUUCGGCAUUGUCGCGAACAGCUACGUGGGCGAGCUGGUCAUACAGUAUGCCCCUCGCCUGGAGAGAUUGAUUGCAUUUGAUAAUUUCGACAUCCAUGUCAUCACAGCGCCUAGACUGCAUAUGGUGUGCUUUCUGGAUAGCCACAAGACUACACUCCAUGUUGGAACCAUGGCUUCUCGGGGAAUUUCUGGUGGAAACUUGGCAAUGUCACUGCGCAGUGUGAAGAUUUUCAUUCUUGAUACUGUUGGUCCUGAUCUUGAUGCAGUUCUAAACUUCAUCAAAUACUUUCCUUGCUUGGAGAAGCUCGUCAUCACGUUAUACCUGGAAGUUGAUAUGAAAAAGAAAAAUGUACGCCAUCUCGACCCACAAGAUCGCAUUGAAUGUCUUGACCUCAGUCUCAAAGAAGUAGUGCUGAAGGGUUACGAGGGCAAGCGGUCGGAUCUAAACUUUGCCAAGUUCUUUGUUCUGAAUGCUAAGGUGCUUGAGUCAAUGGAACUCCGGGUUCAGGAUAACACAUUCACCAGGAGAUGGGAAACUAAUCAGUGUAGGCGGCUACAACUGGAUAGCAGGGCUUCUAGAAAUGCUCGGUUUGAGUUUGGAGAAGCUUAUCCGUUUACUACAUUUGCAUGCAGCAAGCAUGCUCAUGUUUUGACCAUGGCUGAUCCUGUUGGUACCUCUUGCGGAGUUUGUGGGCAUACUGAUUGAUGGUAUCUCCCUUUAUGUGUAAUUCGAACUUUUUCUGUAUGCAACUAUGUUAUUUAUCAUGUAGUACGACCAGCACUUGUUUUCAUUUUAGAACUGCAAAAGGCCCGAGGACAACCUCAUCAGGCUACUUUAAUUUAGCAAUUUACCCUUGGUUAUGAACUGCUUGUAUUUCUGGAAAUAGGUUGUUGGGUUUUGGAAAUUAUGGGUGAACUGUUCAGUUGAA